AUGGAGGACCCAGCGCCUAAGCGGCGCAGAACGUCGCCGCGCAACUCAGUUCCAGUUCCAUCCGAUGAAGCUCCCACAACACAGCAGCCAAACCAGACCACUCCAGAGGACACGCCUGCUCCAGAGUCGUCCGGUGAUACAUCCACAAAGCGUCCAUCGUAUGCAUCUCCCACGAAAGCGAGCCUUCAGAGGCAUAAUCCCGAAGUAUUACAACGACGAGAGAGUCUAAGCCUUGCUCUCAGAUCCCAAUCCGAGUCGCACGACAACAAUCCGCUACGAUCUCCCGCCAGACGACCAGGAAUCGCCAAAAGCCCAGAGCGACCGAACCCGCGCCCUCUUCCACCGCCCGCGCCCGAAGAUGAUGAGGUAAUCCUAAACCCUUUCCGUGGCCGAGGUUUGCACCGAUCGCCCGUUCCCGGAGUUCUGCCCAAAGUAAUCGUUCCCGAACCCGACCUUCCGCCGACCCCAGAACAUCCCGAUCUAGUUGUCAGCACUCCGCCUUCUGGUAUUCACAAUACCCCGUCUAAGAGACCGAGGCGCAGCAAAGCACUGGCCGAGACACUUAGGAGCUCCUCGCCUACUAAGCGCGCCCCCGUCAUGUCGGCCAAGACAGCACAACUUCUUGUUCCAGGAAAGCCGUCUGAGAAAUUGGCCCCAAUCCCCACGACGACCGAGAUCCCUGCCGAGGCUCAGGAGCCAACAACAGCUGAACUGCGCGGGCUUCAACCGCCUGAUCCGGAUGCGGACAAGAAACGGCUGCGCGAUUCGCUCCUAGCUGAGAUCGCCGAGCUCGAGCGCGACCUAGCCGUCGCAAGCAAGGAAAACGAGCGCCUUCGACAAGCAUACGUAUCAAAGCUAAAACCAUCAGCACCACCGAACGCGAUCGAAAUCCUCGACCUCCUGCGCCGACGAGCCCUCCCACCAAAGGAGCAAAAAGACCCCGACCCGUCCAUCGCCGCAACAUCAUGGCUCUCCUCAGCCCUCCAUCCCAUCGCCUUUCUUCCCUUCAGCAAACCUCCUUCAACCGGCGACGAUCUCCCCUCGCUCUUUUCUACCGUCGACGACGAGAAAGCCGAGAAACCACCGAUAUCCCACCACCCCCUUCCCAUGAGCGCCGACGAAGCGCUUCCCUACCUCCAAGUCUUCACGCCACUGACUUUCACCUCGGCCAUCUUUCCGCUUCCCCCGACUGAAUCUGAACCGGAACCAUCAUUAGUCUCCUCAGCAGCAGCAGCAGCAGCAGCAGCAGCGGCAGACCAACAGCCGCUCCUCCAACGGCACUACAUAACAGCCACCACCCCAUCCAAAUCCUUCACCGCCCGUCUCGAGCUGACAGUCAACACCUCCAACAUCUUCUCCAUCACCGACCUUUCGGUGCCACUAAUCCACCCGCCCACCGCAGCCGCUGAGCUCGCGCCCCUGAUUGAACGUAUCAUCGAACAAUCCAAAAAAGGCACAAGCUCGUCGGCAAUGCACAACAACGUCAGCGUGCUAUGCUGGGCCAUGGGCGAGUGGGUGCGCGUUGCCAAAGAGCGAGCGAGGGUUUGGUGCGUGCUGGAAACCGAGUUGAACGCGGGAAAGGAAGCGGUGAGGAAUAUGGUGGAAGGGUGGAGGGAGAGGAGUAGGAUGAGGCAAAAAAGGAGGACGAGGAUGGGGGUGGGGAAGGGUAGCAAAAAGAGGAAGGCGCCACGUCGAGAUCGAGACCGGGAGAGGGAUGGUGGUGAUGGUGGUGGAAGGAAAAGGGAUGAAGAGGGGGGAAGUGAUGAGAAUGAACAACAAGAGGAGGAAAUGGAGGAGGAAGAGGAAGAAGAAGAACUAGAUGGGAAGAAAGUACCCGAGCAAGAACUUGUUCCCUACAUGAGCAGGACGAGCAUGGAUUUUGAUAUACCCUUACUACUUGGUUCUGGAGGCGGGCCUGGUGGCGCUGGUGACCCGGGGAGUGCGGAAAAGUCCUCGCUGAGGGUGCAGUGGAAGAUUGAGUUCGACUGGACGGGGGAGGCGAGGAGCGACAUCAGGGUUUUUGUGGCGUUGCCGGGGAAGUGGCACAAAUGCGAUGAGCGCGGACAGUUGGCCAAGAUCCCGGCGUUGUUUGACGAUCUCGUUCAGGGCGGCGAGGAGCCGUUGAGUGCGGUCAGGACCGUUGCGGCUUUGUUGGCUGGUGAGCCACAACCGCAGAGGUGAUGUGGAAAAUAGGAUACCCUUGUAUGGUGUUGAGGGCUUGUUUGAGUAGACCAACCAGCAUGAGUAGUCGUACAUGUUUUGCAUACCUACCUCUACCUUGCCAAAAACAAACAAACAAACCCCCAAAGACGGGUGUUGACGGAGUAUGGUAUUACUAGUUGGGGGUCGCAUAUUCAGGCUGGGGCCAUUUAUCCAUACCAUGAUUGAUAAGAGAAGCAUAUUAUUCGGGCUAAGGAAUUGGAAGU